AUGGGAAAAGCGGAGGGCAUUCGUAUUUUUUUGCGAAUUCGCCCGGCUGCGGAGGGCGGCCUCUCGCGGCCCCCCUUCAACAACAGCGGUGGGGGGGUGGAGCAGGGCACCUACGCCGUCGAUCACACCUUCGACCUCUCCACCGUACACUUCCACGUGGAUCGCCGCCUGGAGACGGAUGUUGUGAACAACACAAGGGAGGACUAUCGUUUUACCUUCCGGCGGGCCUUUGAGCCAAGUGCGACGCAGGAAGAGGUGUUUAACGUCGUUGCAAAGGACUGCGUCCUGGCGGCAUUGGACGGCUACAACAGCACCAUCUUUGCCUACGGGCAAACUGGCAGCGGUAAGACGUACAGCAUCACAGGCGGUGCGGAGAGUUACGAGGAUCGCGGCAUCAUUCCACGGGCGUUGGCGCUCAUCUACGACGAGGUGGCGCGGCGGCAGCGGGAGUGUACAUGGAGCAUCGCUGUGUCGUACCUGCAGAUAUACAACGACAAGGGGCAGGAUUUACUCAACCACGGCCGUGACGCGCGGCGGUUGGAGGAUCUGCCGACGGUGACGAUUCACGACGGAGACGAGGAGGAAAUGCUGCUGAAGGGGCUCGCACAACACGGGGCACCGAAUGUGCAGGAAGCGCUUAACCUGCUAUUCCUCGGCGACACCAAUCGACUCUACUGUGAGACACCAAUGAACAAGACGUCCUCGCGUUCGCACUGUGUCUUUACGAUUUACCUCGAGGCACGCGCCCAUGGUUCUUCUGUCGUGCGUCGCUCGAAGUUAAAUCUUGUCGACCUCGCCGGCAGCGAGCGCGUGUCGAAGUCGGGGGUGAGUGGGACGGUGCUUACAGAGGCAAAACACAUCAACCUCUCGCUGCACUAUCUGGAGCAGGUCAUCAUGGCUCUCAGCGAGCAGGCAAGUGGUAGACGCGAGCACGUGCCAUUUCGUAACUCCUUCAUGACAAUGGUGUUACGUGACUCACUAGGGGGGAACUGCCGCACAAGUAUGCUUGCCACCGCCCAUCCCGCAGCGGAACACCUGCCAGAGACGAUCAGCACCUGUCGAUUUGCGCAGCGCGUUGCGAUGAUUCGACAGGAUGCACACAUCAACGAGGAAGUGGAUCCACAGCUCUUAGUGCGGAAACUUAAGGUGGAGUUGCAGCAGCUACGGGAUCAGCUGGCUUUUUACACAAAAGACGGGGGCGGUGCACCGGAUCGUGAGCUCAGCGAUGAUGAGAAGCAGCGGUGUCAAGAGAUGGUGCGGCGGUAUGUCUCAGAAACCAGCAACGAUGGACGUAUUGAAGGGUUUGAAGGGGAUUUGGCACGCAUUUAUUACUGUUUUGAUGUGAUGAAACGCAUGUUAACAACCGGCGGUCAUACGGCCGGGCAUCGUUCCGGGUUGACGGACGGUGGCGGGGGGAGUUUUAGCGAGUCUGCGGGUGCCCCGCUUUCACAACAACAAAAACAGCAGGAAGAGGAGGAGGAACAGAAAAGGUUGGAUGUCUACCGUGCCCGUAUCGAUGCAUUAGAGUUAAGUCUACAGCAGAAGGAGAAUGAGAUGAAUAUGCUCUUUGGUGUCUUGCAGAAGGCACAACGGGCCCAGUUUAACGCAGAGACGCAGACCGGCCUUACCGCAAUUACAUCGUUUAGCCUUAGCGGCAACAAUGACAACACUUUUAGUAAUAAUACCAGUACCACCAAUAGAGACUCGCAUACAUCCGCAACGCUGCAAGAAGGGAAUUUAUUUUCAUCACCCAUACCGCAGCAGGCGCUUGAAAACGGGAGUCAUGGUGCCGUGGGUUUGCAUCGUCGUGCGUUGCACGAUCGACUUGAUGCGGCGCAGGCUACGGCCGUCGAUGAGUUUUUCCGCAAACAGGCACAACUCAACGAGGUGUAUGACCUUUCCGCCCUCACGGAUGCAGACCUUUUAAAGGACCGCGCGACUGCCUUUGAGGCCUUUCAUCGCUCCUACCGCCACUGUGCGGAGAUGGAAGGCAAUAAGCGUGAGCUGAAGCAGCGAUACGAUACAUGCAAAGCCACCGCCCGACAACUGAAUGAUGCUGUAGACCGCAUCAAACACCUGAAGGCGAAUAUUCAGCGCCUACGUGCGGAGCGGGCGUUACAGGGUGUUGAGGAGGUGGAUGAUGCGGAACGUGCCUUGCUAGAGGAGCUGACAGCAACGAAGGCGGCAUACAAUGAUUUUGCCACCUCUUUACGGCGACAAAAGGAGGAGAUUGACGCCAUGCAUCUUUUUAUGAAGCGGUCGCAGGAGCAACUGACGAGAGACUUUGAAGAAUGGCUGCAGAUUCGACAGCAGCAGCUCGCCAUGGUAAGGAAUGGGGGCGGGAACGGCAUCCCUAAGAACGGUAGCACACAGCUUAUGACAACAACAUCCGCAUCAACGCCCAUUUACUCGUCGUCUCCCGCAAGUCAAAAUCUCCUGAAACAUUCGAACUCUAUGCCGAUACAAUCUUCACAACAACAACAAAACCAACAACAGCAGCAGCAGUCGCUGCGGCUCGUCAUGUCAUUGUCGAACGUGCCGUCGGAACUUCCGCCACUGCGGGAGGAGGUCAUGAGUUCUGCACGGGGUUGGACUGGUGGAAAAUGGCCACCCACAAAUAGGGCGACAGGCGACAGUGGAGAAGCCAACAACGGUGGUUUGGCGCCCCCGUUGUUGGCCACUGCCUCAAUGGACCUUCUGCAGCCGCAUCCUGCCACCGCACCGCCAUCCGUUAGGCCGGAGCGAGCAUCGCCGCCCAUCCCAACACGCCGCGCACCACUCAAUCCAAUUUCAUCGCCCAGCCGCGCCCCGCUGGGAACUAAUAGCUGGACGGGGAGGGAUGCGUUCACUUCAUCGUCGUCGUCGAUCUUGGGUCAGUCAGGGUCAAACAACGAGAUUCCAAACCCCUACGCCCCAGAACAUCGUUCCACAGGGGACGCUGCUGCAGAUAAGCAACUCGCCGCCUUGUAUAGGGCACGUGAUUCAAUGCGCCAAGAAUUCAAAUCUUAA